UUUAUUUUGAUAACUCUUGCACAAUUUUGCUGUGCUGUCCUGAUCACCUGGAUUUGCAACAGCCAACUGUGGGACGAGUACGAGCUAGAGGACGCUACUUUCGCAGAGUGCAGCAUCAACAACGCCAACAACAGCUUCCAAGUGAUAACAGCCAGUCGGUGCUUGGUCCUUUGUGCGGACAGCCGCAACGAGAUGGAGUCAUGGGCGGGCGCACUGCGUGGAGCGUUGCAUCGCGGGGCAGAUGUGGCCGACCUGGUGGCGAGACUGUCUUCCGGAGACCAUCACUGGUAUGCGGCAACACACGCGCGUCCUACGUUCUGCAACGUGUGCAGGGAGCCACUGGGCGCGCUCGGCACGGCUCACGCGCUUGCUUGCGAACUCUGCAAGUUCAAGGCACACAAACGAUGCGCGUCUCGGGCGCCGCCAUCUUGCAAAUGGAGCACGCUUGCAUCACUAGGACCGCACGUCGUCGAAGAUGCUGAUGGGAAUAUAAUAAUGCCCCACCAAUGGUUGGAGGGCAACCUUCCCGUCGCAGCCAAGUGUGACGUCUGCGACAAGACCUGCGGUUCGGUGCUCAGACUGCAAGACUUCAGAUGCGUGUGGUGUCGUCGGUGCGUACACGCUGCGUGCAAGCCGACGUGGCGCGCGUCGUGCUCGCUGGGCCCCACGCGUGCGUCCGUCGUGCCUCCCACACGCCUGCACUCCGUGGGACCCGACGACGCCUGGGUCCCUGACAGACCGCCAAAUGCUAGCCCGCUUAUUGUCUUCGUUAACUCCAGAUCAGGUGACAACCAAGGCGUGAAGUUCCUCCGUCGUUUCAAGCAGCUUCUGAACCCGGCACAGGUGUUCGAACUCAGUGGUGCUGGGCCUCGGUUAGGGCUUAGACUGUUCAGGCACUUCGCUCCUCUCAGAGUGCUGGUCUGUUCUGGUGAUGGGUCUGUCGGCUGGGUGCUUCAGGAGGUUGAUAAGCUAGAUAUGCAUCGUCAAGUCCAAACAGCAGUUCUGCCACUGGGUACGGGCAACGAUCUGGCUCGCGUGUUAGGCUGGGGAGCCUCCUGUGAUGACGCAGCCAACCUCCAGGUGCUCAUCGAACGAUACGAGAGGGCUUCCACUAAAAUGCUAGACAGGUGGUCAAUAAUGACGUUCGAGCGUGCACUAACCGCCCCGCCGCCCCCUCCAGUGCCCCCCGAUUUACUGGAGGAGAACUCGCUGCUCAGGAACUUGCAGGAUAUCAUGCAGGCUGGAGAAAUGAGUUGCGUAGCCAGCACAUCUCUCCGCGCGGGCUGCUCUCGGCUGGCAGCGGUAGGAGAGCGCGCGGGAGGCGGGGCCGCGCGUGCGGCGCACCGCCUGCGCCGUGCUGUGUCCUUGUUACUGCACGCCAGGGCACAUCUUGCACAUGAUCAUACGAGGUGCAAGUCUUGGGAGCCAGUGGAAACGACGAGUGAUAGCGAACCAGAAGCACAACCAGUUGCCGAGAAAGGCAGCAUCGAAAAGACUGAAAAGGAGCAACUGAACUGGGCAGCGCGAGGUUGCGCGCUGGCGGGGCGCGCCGACAGCGUGCGACGUGCGCUGCGCUCACUACUGCGCACUCUUACGCAGAUGUACCCACAGGGUGUAUCACAAGAAGGAGACUCUUGCGACACAUGUGAGGGUUCAAGUACAGCUGGUCAUGCUGUGGAAGGAGUUGAAGCGCCGAGUACAACAAACGCGCCUGACAUGGCUGCGCUACCAGUACCGAAGGCGUUCGCUGAUAGUCGCCGGUCAUCUGCUGCCAGCGCCGUAUCUGCUGCCUCACUGCAUCCAGACAACAUUCCAGACGUAGAUGAUGAUAUAGUUAAAUUAAUAAGUGCGAACCCACCGGACAACUUCAACUUAGACGUGGACAACAAACCAGAACGCAGCAAGACCAGCUCUGCUUCGCCUCAGGACCGGCUCUCGUUGUCAAACCUCUCCUCCUGUGAUACUAGCUCCUGCAAGAACCUCCUGAGGCCAGAACUAGAACGCACAUAUAAUAGCAGUAGUCUUACUAUACCUAACCUAGUUGUCUCUGACGAUAGCGAUAAGAGAUCGAUAUUACAGGGAGAUACUUAUGAAUCGGACCAAUUGACUAUUAUAGACACCGACAAACCGUAUACCGAUGACGAACACUUCGAGGUGAGUGCGCGAGCCACGCCCGCCAGUGGAGACUGCACGCCCGACCGACGACUCUCCAGUGUCGACCUGGAGAUCGAAGCCAGUAGUUCAGAAGGGUCCAACAUUAGCGACGACUUUAGUUUAAUAUCAGAAAUUAUUGAUGCCAAACCAGAGGAUAUUGAGGAAGCGAGAGGGAUCGGAAUCGGACACAUCGACUCCCCCGAGGUGUCGGAAACUACAUACGUCAAUUCCGAAACGUUACAUGGAGAAUCUAUCAUGGACGAUAUUAGUUCAAUGCUUGGGCAGGAAGUGUUAUUGGCAAUGAUGGGUAAGAAUGGUGAAAAUGAGACAUACACUGAUGACACUACUCUCUUCACAUCUGACACUGUGUCGGACAUCGCGAUGGACAGUCGGAACCCAAGCCUUGAGAAGAACAACGAUGCGAAACUUAAAUACAUAUCGAAAAUAAAGAAACCCAAAGAACCAGAGGCGGAGAAGUUCGGAUUUGAGAACAGAGUAUUUUACAUCGAAAAUGCAACGAAAGUAGAGGAACAGAUUAAAUACUGCAGUCUAGCUCAUUUUGAAGAAGGAAAUGACAUAGCAAGGAAGUCAUUCAAGAAGCAGCUAAGAAAAAGUUUGAAGAAACGAGUAGUAGAAGAUGUGAGCUUGAUACAUCUGCUACCAAAAACUGCUGAAGAAAUUCACAGUAUCAAAGGAGCUGAGACUCCAAGCUUGAUGGAACCGCCAAGACUGAUUUGUGAUGAUCAGAUGCAUGUUCCCGAUAUAGGUGGGUUUCCUCAAGUAAGCGUGGUAGUUGAGCCACCAUCUCCGUCACACAGUGAAGACAAGAAGAGUUUGAAGACUUGUCCUAGCCGUAUGGCAUCAGUGCUCAGUGAUAUUUUUGAUCAGGGUACAGAUACUCUUAGUGUGAAUUCUCCUGAGCCAAGUAUAGGUAGCACUAGAGAGCGGCGACAGUCGGACAAUCCAAGGCUCUUGGGUCAAACAGAUCCAGAAUAUGGAAAAUUCCUUAGCUGUUCGCCUGCUGCCACUCGAAGGAUAUCAUGUGGAAGCCUCUUCAAACCAGGAGAACCUGACAAACUAUCCACAUCUGUAUCAUCUAUAUGGGGCGAAGGAGGUGCGUCUCCCAGUCUCUGCACAAAAGAAGCUAAUGAAAAGGCGAAGAAACUGCCCAUCAUCAACCCCUUGGUCCAACUACCAGCGUGGCCUCAUGUCACCCAAGGUUUCAUCAGCCAAUGUCUUCUGGCAAACGCUGACGCACUAUGUGCUGCUGUAAGUCCACUUAUGGACCCUGAUGAGACCUUACUUGAAGGGUUCUAUGAACGGGCUGUAAUGAACAAUUACUUUGGCAUUGGUAUUGAUGCAAAGAUUACCUUGGAUUUCCACAAUAAGAGAGAAGAACACCCAGAGAAGUGCAGGUCUAGAGCCAGGAAUUAUAUGUGGUAUGGAGUGCUCGGGUCUAAGGAAUGGGUGAAUAGGACUUAUAGGCAUCUAGGCCAAAGGGUGCAGCUUGAAUGUGACGGGCAAAGGAUUCCUCUGCCUGAGCUGCAAGGUAUCGUUGUCCUGAACAUACCAUCGUUCAUGGGAGGAACCAACUUCUGGGGAGGCACACGAGGAGACGACAUCUUCCUCGCACCUUCCUUCGAUGACCGGAUACUUGAGGUCGUAGCGGUCUUCGGGUCUGCACAAAUGGCGGCGUCACGUCUCAUCAACCUACAGAAGCAUAGAAUCGCGCAGUGCCGUGCAGUCCAAAUCAACAUCCUGGGCGAGGAGUGUGUUCCAGUACAGGUGGAUGGCGAGGCUUGGCUUCAACCACCAGGAUGUGUCAGGAUCAUUCAUAAGAACAGGGCUCAGAUGCUCUGCCGCUCCCGGGCCCUUGAAACUAGUCUUAGGUUAGUGAAGUUUAGAACAUGGGAUGAGAAGCAGCAGUUGAAGGCUCACGCGCUGGCGGGUACCGGCGCGGGCGGCGGGCCCGGCAGUCCGCGCGUCGCACUCUCACAGGCAGAGAGCUCGCAACUACUUGCACUGCUUGAUGAUGUCAAUACUCUUGUUAAACAUGUGAAGCUAUCAUGUAUAAGUGAGACGUCGGCAUGUGGCGGUGUGUCCCACGGCGUGUCACUGGCGCGGCGGGUGGCGGCGCACGCUGACGCUCUACAAGACGCUGACGGGAAACUACUGCCCGCACCGCAGUUGAGGAGAUUGCUGGCCACACUGGUGGAGAGCUGUCACGAGUUAGUAGAGAGUGGUGGCAUAACAGGUGCGGGCGCAGGCCCCGCCUCCUCACUGCGCGCGCAUCUUUCGCGGGCCACUGUACACGACGGAUACGCAUUCCUACAUACUGAUGAGGUCCAAAAGAAGGGCAGUCGCUGGCUGAGAGGACGACGAAGCGUCUCCGAAGGACCAACUCCGACGUACACCGCCGCACAGGUCCGCUCCUGGGGAGUUAAAGAAGUUCAAGCUUGGCUAGAGUCCCUGCAACUAAGCGAGUAUUCCGAAGCAUUCGCUAAGCAUGAUGUCACAGGCAGGGAACUCCUCUCCCUCGCGCGCCGUGACCUCAAGGACCUCGGUGUCACAAAGGUCGGACACGUCAAGAGAAUCCUGCAAGCCGUCAAAGAACUCCAGUGACGACGGCGAGGCCGCUCCGAAGGGGAUGGCCUUGCAUAACUCAAAGUGAAAUUGAAUCUGAUUUUUCUUCCACAUAACUUUUCUAUAGAUUUAGAUCUCCUAUUCUAAAUAGUUCUUAACAAACAGAACUUUAAUUAAAGAUAUAUUUUUCGUCUAUUGUAAAACGAUUAGGUAAUAAUAAGAUGAUUAUUUCUAAUAUAUUCUACGUCCCAAACAUUUACAAUACAGUAUUGUACCUAGGUACCCAUAUUUAACUUAGACUAUGACUUUCGACUAAAAAAGAAAAAUCAGAACAUCGAUUAUGAGGUAAUCUAUACCCCCAUUUGUCAUGACUUUGGCUGAGCGGAGCCUCUUAUAAGCGCAGCUAUUAACUCGAUUAUACUCGAUAGGCAAUCGUAAUCGAUUCGAUUCAAUGCGUGUGACAGUUUAGGCUGAAUAAAGUGUUGUUCUUCAAAGUGCGUGUUUUGAAAAGUCAGACUACGAUUUUGUAUUAAAAAAAAUUAAUAAAUUAGGGAAAACUGAGAGUGGCCAAGCUUUUAUGAUUCAAUAUUCUUGUGACGUUUAAAUAUUGUAAAGUAUUUUUCCAAGCUGUGGAUUAAAAAAAAAAUAAGCAAAAUUACCCAAACUGUCGCCAAAUUCUUAUGACAAAAAUAUCUCCUUGUAUUUAAAAAUAAUAAAUAUUUCAAUCCUAAAGACUGAUGAAACAAAAAAUCAGCAAAAGAUGAGGAGGAGGAUCUAAAUUCAAUAAAUAGGUUUACCUAUCAGUACCUAUUCAAUAGUAAUUUGCACGCUUAACCAACCUCGAAUAUAACUUUUUGCUGAAAGCUGAUGAUUUAUACAGAUUUUCGAAAGAUUUGAAUCAUAUUUAUUCUACAAUUUUGUCUAC